AAAUGAUAUGAGAAUAUUUUAAUUUUUUUUUUAGUUUAGUUGAUAGUGAAAGUUAUGUAACUUGUGAAUUCGCGUUUGAAAUAUUUUGCUGGUUAAAGUGAACUUUUGGAAGUGAUUUUCGUGUCACUAAUUGUUCAGUUUUCGUUUUCGUAAAGUUAUGUGAAAGUUCGAGUUUUAUGGAGGUUAUCCUCCGAAAAUAUGGAAAAAAGUUCGAGCUGUGUGAUUCGAGUUAAGAGUAAAUAUGCCAAUCAGUUUCUAUCGCUGGUCAACGUUGAUAAACUGCUGUCUUCGGUGAAAUUCCAUAGAAUAGAAGAUCCCCAUCUGCAGGAUCAUCAGGAUGAGAAUAUUUGCUUCUGGAUUCAGUUCAACGAUGAUAAGCCAAUUUGCAGUGUUUCUGAGUUACAAAAUUACAUAAACUCACUAUGCGACGAAUUCGAAUCCGAGAAAAAGUCGAAAUUUGGCGGUCCUGGGACCAGUUACUCAUCAUCAGCGACCGGAGAAGACUCGAGUUACGAUUCAGACUAUGACGGUAGCGAAGAACAGACUCACGGUCACGAUGACGUCAGCCGAACAGUUUCCGAUACCUUGGGUCAAGAGUUUUCCGAAUACGUCACGUCUCCUCAGCCUGCCGGCGACUCCGUCUACCAGUCUAAGGUCGAAUUCGCUCUCAAACUAGGAUACACUGAGAGAUUAGUCCAAGCAGCUUUGCAAAAAUUAGGUCCUAAUCCUGAACAAAAUGAACUCUUAGCGGAAUUAAUUAAAUUGGGAGCUCAUCAGCAGUCUUCAAAAUUGAAAAAUGACGGAGAUAGUUUCGACAGUGUCGAAGAUUUCGCUGUCAUCGACCAACAGUGCGCAGAUGGGAAUAAAUUGAGACCUAUUGUCAUCGAUGGUAGCAAUGUUGCGAUGAGUCAUGGAAAUAAAGAGGUAUUCUCGUGUAGAGGUAUUAAAAUCUGUGUAGACUGGUUCCGAUCCAGAGGACAUAACGAAAUAACCGUAUUUGUACCAAAAUGGAGAAAAGAAGCCCCUCGAGCUGAUAAUCUCGUCAUAGAUCAAGAAAUUUUAAACGAACUCGAAAGAGAAAGACUGCUGGUGUUUACUCCGUCGAGGGAAAUACGAGGCAAGAGAAUGGUCUGUUACGACGACAGAUAUAUUUUGAAACUGGCCGCUGAUAAUGAUGGAAUCGUCGUUUCCAACGAUAAUUAUAGAGAUUUGAUUCAAGAAUGUCCCGAAUUUCGAAAAGUCAUCGAAGAAAGAAUACUCAUGUAUUCGUUUGUCAAUGAUAGAUUUAUGCCUCCUGACGAUCCAUUAGGAAGAUCCGGCCCUACACUGGAUAAUUUCCUGAAAAUGCCUACAUUCCGCAAAGGUGAAACGUGUCCUUAUGGUAAAAAAUGCACUUACGGUAACAAGUGCAAGUAUAACCAUCCAGAACGAGGCCUCGGACCACAAAAAUCCAUUACCGAUAGACUGCUGGAAAACCAUCAGAAGCAGUUACUAGCUAGAAAUAUGGAUCCUAAUUCGGCCAAAAAACUGAAAGGUAAAUCGUUAAGUUUGCCUUUACAAUCGUCAAUGUCCGACGAUCCGCAACCUCACCUCGGUCAAAUACCAUCGGCUCGAAAGCAACCCCUGAUACGAACGAAAUCGACCACUUUCAAUUGUAAAAUCGAUCCAGAUACGAAAAACAUUCCAAAGCUAGACACUCCAUCGGGUCCAGAGUCGUGCUGUUUGCCUAGAUCAUGUCCGGUAUCCACUUCAGCCACUCAUGUACCAAUCGGAGCCCAUGCCCAGCAAUCGUACAACUACCGGAUGAUGUAUCCAAUGGGAGGCCCUGUACCACCGCAGAUAAACCAGCCGGAAGUCGGAGUCGGCCAAUCUUACAUGUCUGCGAAUCGAUCCCCGGUUGAGACCGACUCGUCGGUCAAUUUACAUCGUAAACUGCAACGCGAACUUUCCAUUAAUCCUACUUGCGAUCCUAGAAUAUAUCAAUUACGAAGACACCUGACGUCACCGGAAAGCCAACACUUACCCGUAUCCAGACACUACAGCUAUCAAGACGCUAAUUAUCUGAGCGCACAUUCGAACGUUACCAGAAUAUCUUCAGCUCCGCCGGCUAAUCCUCCUUAUACCGUAGCCAACGAAUGUACUCACGGUAGCAGUUCCGAUCCGCAGCUCAAUCUGCAUGUUCCUGGACUGAACGCAGCUCUGUGGCCAGCUCCGGCCCAGCAGCAUAAUUAUUCGGGGCCUCCUAUGACGUCGAAUAUCGAAGAAACCAGACGCAAGUUACAUUACCAUCUCGCGUCUAUAUUUCCCGAAGAACAGGUCGACGCUGCGAUGCGAUAUUAUCCCAAUGAAACCAAUCCUCAGAAAAUCUGCGCAGCUAUAUUAUCCAUGUUUUCAUCGAAGCCAUGACAAGUGUUGGGCUAAAUGGAAAUUAUUCAACAGACACGCUACUGUGGUUUUUCUUAGACUGAUUUUUAUUCGUAGUUUAGUUAAAAGGAAAUAGGGUUUUUUGAACGUUGACGUUCGUGUAUUGAUUGUUACCUCUGCGAGAAUUUUUGUUUGAAGAGUUGAGAUUGUGAGAAUAGCGAAUGUUGGUGCUUGUCAAGAGUGAUACGAUUUUUGUUAGUAACAUCUUGAUUUUAUUAUUGUUGUUGUUUACCUAAUAUUGUGAUAAUUCGUUCGUUCGAAUUGUAUAUAUUAAGAGUAUUUAUUCUGAUAUUCUGUACGUUUUUUCCCUCGUUUACUCCCCCCUCCCCCUUGUCCCAUUCACAUCUUUAGUACUAGGUAAUUUUUUUUUAGAAAUCCAUCGUUGUUUUUAGAGAAUAUUAUCGCUGUUAAAAUUGCUAGUAUUUUGUUUUCGUACGUGUUAUUAUUGUAUUCGAUGUUACGAAUUAAUUAAUGUUUGUUUUUAUUUUUAGAAGCAUUAUGAAAAUAAUGUAUUCGGAAUUCUAUUGUAUGUUAUACAUAUUAUGUACACAAUUGAUAUUAUAAUACGUUGUAUUGACAUUUUUUUAUACUUUAAUUUUUUCCAAAAGAUGAUGUAUGUGUUCAUAACACGAUUUUUAACAAUAAAGGAGAUCUGCUGUUUGUAUCA